GCCUCAGCAAUUACAGCACGUUACUAAUGUGCAGAACUCAUGCUCUGUUGGAGAAGAAGAGAUAUCAAAAAUAACAAAUAUAUCACAGCCGGAUACUGAGCCUGAAAAGCGUUUUGCUUCUGACCCU